AUGUCUUUACAUGAAAUACGCAUUGGCAUGUUCGCUCUAUGGAUCCUGCUUCUCACGUCAUCAGUCGUCACCCUCGCCGCAGACAUCACGAUAACCACAGAGGCCAACAUCACCACCCUGUACCCAGUCUCACGCACAGCCUUCAACAAGACUAUACACAGAAAUGAAAUACACUCCAGACACAGCGACACAGACACCAAGUCUAGUGACACAAAUGUCGCUUUAAAUGAUACAGAUAGCAAUUCUAAUAAUACUGAAACCAAAGACAAUAAAACGGAGGUAAUUACCAAAUCAGCUCCACAAUCAUGGAAGAUUGAGUCUUCUUACGUAGAAUCAAAUCUUACAGAAGAUGGAAAUACUACAGAAGCUAAAGAAGGAAAGGAUAAGAAGGAGUUGCUGAAGGAUUUUAAGCCGAGUCAACAUUUGGGGAGUUUCUUUGAUGACUACAGCUCAGAAGUAAUAAAGACACCGGUUUUUGGACCGAUAGCAAAGAAACCUGCUAGUGGUUUCAUUAGUUCCCCAAAAGAAGAAUACUCCCACCACACGACCUUCAACAAGAUCCCGAAGGAGAUCUACUACACCCACCAGGAGUUCCCCUACAAGUUCGAAGACACCAGCUACACGAAGACGAGGGGCAACUGGCAAGACUCCCUGGACUCCAAGCCCACAGUCGAGGUACCUGUGAAGGUCCCUGCUGGGGGACUCUAUAAGGCCCCUGUGACGUUUGAGGACAAGCCACAUAAUGAUGAGGAGUUUUCAGGCUUGAGUUUUCAUGAGGAUGAAAAGCAUUCGGUUAAGAAACAUGUAAACCCGUGGAAGAACCUGCUGCGGCUGGUGACGGCGUUCAUCCCGGUGGGGCUGAUCAUCUCCGCGCUCACCCCCAGCGUCAUCACCAUACACAACGUCGACGAUAACCUUCAACCGUCUCUCCCGUACCGUCGCUCGAACUCGGGCGUGUCAGACAUUCCUCCGAUCAGCGAGCGCUGUCGGCGGCGACUGCUGUGCGAGCUGCACUCCGAGAGGAACUAUGUGCCUCCCAACACACUCCCGCGGCGCUCAAUGAAGCACUGCUACAAGAUCCACUGCGAGGACACGGAGGCGCUGUGGCGGACGCUGCGGUGGCUGUUCACAUACAACCAGGCGGAUGACCAUAGGGGACGACUGAUCACUUAGACUUAAGUUAUGUGUUAAUGUUGAUCAAGUGAAAUAAAAUUGAUGAAAAACUGU